UAUUGGCGCCUGUCUCGCGCCUUCAGGGAAUGACUGACAAACGGAAAAACAUGCAACUGAAAAUGCAAUCCCAAAAUGAAUUGAAUCAGGAAAACGGUGGUAGAGCGUGAAAAUACAGUGGGCCGUUUAGGAAAUAAUUCAUACUGUCCUUACAAAACACAUAUAAAACACAUUCACAUGUGAAAUGUUCACGCAUUCAUUCAUGCUACUGAAAACAAAUGAAAUGCUCGCAAAGACGCAUGUGAAACACAUUCACACACAUAUGAAACACUCAAGUCUUAAGGAUGAGUAAGAAUCUUGGAGAAUGUAAGGGUGAGAAAACGUUCAGUAUCCGGAAUCCAUUUCAGCAUAUCCGGAGAUCAGUAGUUUAGCAAUUUUGCAGAAAUAAGAUAAUAAUAGCUUCAAACAGGACAAAAUGUAAUGUAACAAGUCAAGAAAUCAGGGUUCUGGAGUGCAGCAUUUUUUGCUGUCACUUCAAUUUUUGGCAAGAUACAAUGCAGCCCUGCCCUGAAAUGCAUCCCCUAUUUAAUUUACGUUCUGUAUAUCCCAGCAUCAAAUUAUUCCUACUGUACACUGAGGGGACUCCUAGGAAUAACCAGAGUAAGUUUAAUUCAUGUGGCACUUUCCUAGUCAGAGUUAGAAGGGGGUACAUUUCUUGGCAAGACACAUUACAGCCCUGCCCUGAAAUGCACCCCCAUCAAAUGAUUCUUACUGUACAUAUGUGUUUGUGUAAGGACAGUCUGAAUUAUUUCCUAGACGGCUCCUCAUACAAGGGUGGUGCAGUUUCUCACUAUUCGCAUUUGAACACCAGUAAACAAAAAGGAAAAUGCAAAUCACAUGAUUUCAUUUGGAUAUGGACUGAAAAAUUGCAGACAAAAAUAGAAAAUUUAAAUCAUAUUGUGGAAUUGCAUUUUCAUAAACUGAGGUAAUGCAGGCUAAAUUUGAAAAUGAAAAUGCUGUUGAGGGAUCGCAUUUUCAUUUUUUAAGGCAUGAAGCUGGCCAUGACUUUGAAAAUGAAAUGCCAAAAUUCAUUUUUAUUAUUGUCAGUGAAUGUGCAUACCAGACAUGAAAAUAUAAAUCACAUGAUUGCCUUUUCAUGUGAUGUUGACAGACAUAACGUAGGCUAGAGUUUCCAUAAAAAAUUGUGAAUUUGAAUAAAGUCAAUAUGAUUCCAUUCUACGCCAGUACCGUCUCAGAUCACAUGAUGGUUAAUCCGAAUCCAUGGAUCCAACGGAUAAAACCAAAUGAUACCGGGAACUGACGAAAUAGAAUGAUAUAAUCUCGUGCACGGUGUACUUCCUGGUCCAAUUGUAAUGGAGACCGAAUUGCUCUGAGACCAACCCCUCUGCCUCCAUCGGACGGAUGACAGACCAAGAGAAGAGGUGGAACACUUGUGUAGGAUUAGAAACGAUAUACUUUACAUCCAAGCAUGACACGCACAGUGGCCAGCAUCACUGUAGCCAAUCUCAGAUUCGAUAGCUGUAAAAGCAGGCAUGUAACUGCUGUUUGCAAUGGUCUUUUGUUGCGCUCUCAUGCCAGACUGUGAUCAUUUCGAUUGAAAAGAAAACAACGCUACUCUCAUGAUCAGAGGCGAGGUGAGAUGAUACACUGUCUAUCCAAGAUCGUCUAUCAAGAGUUCUAUUCACUUCCGAGUAAAAGGGUUGUACAAUCCAAUGGCGUCAAAUUCGAAGGUAUCUAUUUUGGAUUACUUUAAUAUCGUAUUUGAAGGGGAAAAUGGCAAAAUCGAAUCCAACUGCAAGGCUUGUGGCACAAGGAUUCAGGCCAAACGAAGUGUCACAUCCAACUUCGUCACCCAUCUGAAGCGUAAGCACCAGGCCAUGUAUGAUGAGUUUGUUAAGAGGAAGGAUAUGAAGAGAGAGGCAUACUCAUCCAGCUCCAUGCAUGGCCUCACCUCCACCACCAACGGGGGCAGCGCCCGAUUCUCUCACAGCAUUUCUGCCGGAGGGGGAGGGACAGGAGGAGCAGGAGGAACUGCAGGAGGAACCAAGUUUGACCGCCAUGAUCCUCGGCAGGUCCUGAUAUCGGAGGCUAUUGCAAAGAUGAUCGUGCGUGACCUGCAGCCGGCGUCCAUCGUGGAGAACCAAGGUUUCCGUGAGCUCCUCGCCCUCCUGGAGCCUCGUUUCACCCCUGAGUCCCGGCGCUACGUCCAGAGCCAGCUUCUACCAGCCUACGCCUACCAGGCCCAGCUCGCCACCCGCCAGGCCUUGGCCUCGGCGCAUGCUCUCAGUCUAAGCCUGGAUUUGUGGAGUGGUCCCUCAGGGACCAGUGCAGGGGCCAAUGCAGGGUACCUGGGUGUCACCUGCCACUUCCUGACCGCUGACUGGCAGAUGCGCUCUGCCUUGCUGGCAUGCCUUUCCCUGGUUGGUGGCAGUUCAUCCAAUCGCGUGCUGACAGAGUUUCAAGAGGUGUGCCAUGCUAACGGGGUCCUGGGACGAGCGUUCCGCGUGGUGGCCGACGCCUUUCCUGCUGAAACGUGGCCCACGUGUCAUCUCCCCGGCUUCCACAUCCACGCCAAUGGAGAAGGGGAGGAGGAGGAAGAAGUGGACAGUGGGAACGAGGAUGCGCAGGGAGCGGACAAGAGGAACGGAGGGAGUGACGGAGGGGAAGAAGUGGGAGAAGAGUGGGGAGACUUGUGGGACCAGGGUCUGGGUGUGUGUCGGGUGGACUGUUUCUCUCGCUCCCUGGACGCCUGUGUGAGAGAGGGGUUGCGUUCCUGCCCGCAGCUGUCCUCCGCCCUGGCCAAAGCUGCCUGCUUCUACAAUUACAUCACCUCUGCUGUGCCCACAGAGAAACUCAACCAGGUGUUCGGCAACCCCGAGGGCCCCCCGGCAGGUUUGGGGGGCCCUGCACCUGUGGAAAGGGACUGGGCGUCCCAGCUGAAGGUGUUGCGGCGCAUGCUUGACUGUGCUGACUUCCUGGAGGAGGUGAGCGGGCGAGGGGAGCUGGCUCUGGGAAGCCCAGAGAGGGCGCUACUAAGGGAGCUCACAGACACGCUGGAGCCCUUCACUGAAGCCUGGGACAUGGUGCAAGGAGACCGACAGGCAGACAGACACGUGGCCCUCAGCUUAGCUCUGCCCUGUGUGCUGGGGCUCCGGAAGCACCUGUCAGAGACCUCCACCCCCCAUUGCCCGUCUCUUCUGCUGGGUCUGGCCCAAAGUGUGGAGCGCAGGCUGGCUCCUCUCCUUCAGGACCCUCUCUACAUCACUGCCACCACCCUGGACCCCCAGUUUAAGCUGUCCUGGAGCAGUGAUGACUGGCACAGGCAGGUUGUCCUGGAGGAGGUGAGUAAACUCUCCACCCCGGCCUCGAGCAUCCAGGACCCCUGCUCGGAGACCCAUCCCCAGGCCCAGUCACCUUCAUCCCAGGCCCCAUCACCCGUCUCCUCCCUGGCCAGACCCUGCAAGCUCUUUUCCUUCAUCAAACAGAGGCCAACGGCGCAGGCCAAGAGCCUGGAGCAGGAGCUGGCCGCGUACCUGCAUGAAGAGCCUACGGACGAGGAGCCCUUGCACUACUGGAGGCGGAAGGCCAUUGACUUUCCUCAGCUUGCCCAGGUGGCCCAAAGGGCGUUCACCAUCCCAGCUAGCAGCACGGGCGUAGAAACCAUUUUUUCCCUGGCAGGACGCUGCCUGCGGCCAGAGACGGGCCGCGUCCUACCAAAGAACCUGGAGACACUCAUCUACCUGAAGGCCAACUACAGGCUUCUGUGGAUGUAGGGGAGAAAUUCUACUGUUGUUCAGAUACACACACUACUGACCGUAAGACAUUGGGCCAAUUACAACCAACUGAGCUAAGGGGAUGGGUCUUAUGGGACUCCAAUUGUUGUAACUUGCUUGUUUCGGUAGAUAAAUAAAUACUUUAUAUAUAAACAAAAUAUUUUUAUGGGUUCCAUCCUUUAUUUUGAGUUUUUACAGUUUGAAACGAGGGGCUACUUUGACAGCACAGCCCAGAAAAGUUGUAUUUAGUUGCUAUGAAAACUACUCAUGUUGGUUGGAAUUGGCUUGUGUCAAGAAUUAUGGGAACCUAAAUUAUUUCAAGGACUUCAAACCAACGUGAGAUCUGGGAGCUUGGAUUAUGCAUUGAUUCCAGAGUUGCCUCAGAAGUCAAAUCUAGCUGUUCUUAAAUUGGGAUUCUGGCUUAAUGGUAUUUGAUGCCACCAUUUUCAGACUUGUGUGCGUGCAGAGUAGCACUAGCCUUUUGACCACAGUCUAGAUGUUUCUUUGGACAAUCUAGAAUAAUGUAUUAUAUUUCUGUGGACCAAGAAGGCUGAUCAAUACUAAUGCAUUUACCGACAUUCUUAUUACAACUGCAGCAGGAUUUAGAAUCAUAAUAUUAUGUUACAGAAAACACUGACUCCCAAACACAGCUUGUGCCUGUACUAUACUACCAGCCAGUAUACUGUAGUCAGAUACCAAGGAUAACCAAAUGGUCUUUUAUAUAGCAUUUAUAUAUCAAUGAUAAGCUUAGGUCGUAACUAAUUAAAUAUGUUAAAGCUUAGUGAAGCUGAGCCAGGAGUGAUAGGCUUUACUUUGUACACACAUUGUAAGAUGGACUGACUCACUCACUCAUUACCUUUCUCUUUCUCACUACAAUAAACUUAUAGAGUUGUACAAUAGUGCAUGAGUGCAUUGUUUGAGUCAGUUUGAGACAUCUUAGCAUGUGUUCUCAGACAUACAGUAUGUGUUGUUGUUUGUCUGAUAGUGAAAGCAUGCCGUGUGCGCGUAAGAACAAAUGUGUGUGUCCGCACAUGUCUCUCGCUGGUGGAGGAAUGGCAGGCAGACUGCCAAUCUCAUUUUUGACCCUAAAGCAUUGAUGUCUUCCCCUGCAAAUCCUUCUUAGCCCACACGCCCUUCCACCGACUGGGGGGUCAAUUUCAUUUCAAUUUCAUUAUGAGCUCUUUUUCCCCCUUCCAAUUUCAUGUCCAAUUUCAUUUCUGAGGAUAGGGAAAAUGAAAUGGGAUUGAUCCCUGACUCUACCCUAAAAGAAAUUCACAGGAGGGAUUGAGUUGGUGAUGGCUUGACAUGUCUUUAUGUGUGUCUUUCAGUUUCUGUGCGGAUGUUUGUGCGCAUGCAUGGGAAUGCUCCCUUUGUUUACGAACAGGGAUUUUAAUUGUGUAGUCCGGCCAGCGAAGCUAUGAGGUCAUUUAAAGUAAUUCCAUUAUGGUUUGAGUUAACUGUGAGGGAGCCAGGCAGACAGGAAGUUACAUUCGUCACUGUACUUGGUUCUACAGCCUAUAAAGAGCAACACAUGACUACUGAGACACAAUAUAGCGU